AUUAUAUAUUAGCUGGAGAAGGCUUCAGUGAUCUUCAGUUCACUUUACAAUACGACCUCUCAAGAAGAUUUCCCAACACGACAUCUAAACAAGAGCUGUUAAAACAAAAAUGAAGGUGCUUUCCUCCCUUCUGACAUUGGGCUUGUGCCUGACGCUGAGCCAGCCAGGACAGUCAGAAGAGAGUUUGGGUGGCCCUUUCAUUGAGAGUGCAGUGAAGGAGGCAAAAAGGCUUGUAGACGAAGCUUACAAAUACUCCAGAGAAAAGAGUCUGGAGAGAGUACGUGGGAAGUUCACAAAUCCAUCCGAUGUCCUGCGUCUUCUUAAGCAGCCUGCCAGGGACACUCGAUCUGCAGUACGCUCUGCAGAUUACCUGGAGAACACCCUGAGGCUGAUCAGGGAGCAAGUCCACAGAACGCACAGCGCACACAUGCGGCACAAACGCUCACUCAAUGCAACAGACUUGCUUACUAAAGAGGAGCUGGACAUCAUUGUAAAGGUUACCGGCUGUGCCGCUCGGGUCAGCAAACCUUCGUGCCGCACCACCCCCAACGUCAACAAGUAUCGCACCGCCACCAGCAUCUGCAACAACCUCAAGUUCCCUCGUCUUGGAGCCUCAAACACCCCCUUCACCCGCUGGCUGCCUGCUCAGUAUGACGAUGGCGUCUCCCGGCCGCAUGGCUGGGACCCAACAAGGCGCUUUGACAACUUUAUUCUUCCUCUGGUGAGAGAUGUCUCAAACCGUAUCCUGGCAACCACUGAUGCUGGCAUAGUGAACGAUCAAGAAUACACACACCUGAUCACCCUUUUUGGCCAGUGGAACGACCACGACUUGACGUUCACUCCCUUCUCCCCCAGCAUCCGUUCCUUCAGCAAUGGCCUGGACUGUAACGCCAGCUGUGAGCGCACAGAACCUUGUUUCCCCAUCCGGAUUCCUCCCAAUGACAAACGUUUGCCCAGUGGACCAAACAGCUGCCUUCCAGUGUUCAGAUCAGCGCCAGUGUGCGGCACAGGGGAGUCGGCUUACAAUUUCGGGGCAGACGUCAACAGGAGGGAGCAGAUCAAUUCACUGACAGCCUUCCUGGACUUGGGCCAGGUUUACGGCUCUGAGGAGGGGUUGGCGCUUCUCCUCCGCGACCUCACCAAUGACGGGGGCCUGCUGCGCGUCAACACCGAAUUCACGGACAACGGGCGUGAGCUGCUACCCUUCGUUAAAAUGAAGGAGAACAUGUGUGCCACCCGCCAAAGAAUCACCAAUGAAACCAAUGCCAGGGAGGUGCCCUGCUUCAUUGCAGGUGAUUCACGUGUGAAUGAAAACAUGGCCUUGACAUCUCUACACACAUUGUUCAUGCGUGAGCACAACCGUCUGGCCCGGGAACUUCGUCGUAUCAACCCACACUGGGACGCCGAGACGCUCUAUCAGGAGGCCCGCAAGAUCAUGGGCGCCUACACCCAGGUGUUUGUGUUCCGGGACUACCUGUCCCAUAUCGUAGGCCCGGAGGCCAUGAACCGCCAGCUAGGUCCAUACCCUGGCUACAAUGAGGACAUCAAUCCCAGCAUUGCCAACGUGUUUGCUACGGCAGCGUACCGCUUCGCCCACCUGGCUAUCCAACCCAUUUUGUCCCGCCUGGACAGCAACUACAGGGAGAACUCUCAGUUCCCCAGUGUGCCUCUGUUCAAGUCUUUCUUCACCCCCUGGAGGCUGGUGUUUGAGGGUGGUAUCGACCCGCUGAUCCGCGGUCUCAUGGGUCGCCCUGCAAAACUGAACACUCAAGAUCACAUGUUAGUAGACGCUGUGAGGGAAAAGCUCUUCAUGUUUGUGGAACACCUUGCUAUGGACCUGGGCUCUCUAAACAUGCAGCGUGGACGGGACCACGGCCUCCCUGGUUACAAUGCUUGGCGUAAAUUCUGUGGACUCUCAACACCUAGAAAUCAGGCUGAGCUGGCUUUGGUUCUGAACAACGCAGACCUGGCCCGCAAACUGCUGGAGCUCUACGGCACCCCAGCUAACAUUGACGUGUGGCUGGGGGGUGUGGCCGAACCCUUCGUACCCAGAGCCCGCGUCGGGCCACUCUUUGCCUGCCUAAUUGCCACCCAGUUUCAAAGGAUCCGCCAGGGAGACAGGCUGUGGUAUGAAAAACCAGGUGUCUUCACCUCAAACCAAAGGGCUGCCCUGAAACAAGCCAGUCUGGCUCGGAUAAUCUGUGACAACACUGGCAUUCAACAAGUCACCCGUGACCCUUUCAGAAUCCCUGGUAAUGCGAACGGGCUUGUCAACUGCAACAGCAUCCAACGGAUUAACCUCCAGGCCUGGAGGGAGAAUCCGAACCAGAAUGCGAACACGGAUCAGAAUCGGCAGCAGUUGGACAAAGACAAUGAGAUUCCCAUGAUGUGAGGUUUACCGAGGCCCUAGGUCCCAGCUGCUCUCAGCCCUCUCUGACCAGCUGGCUGGUAACUUUGUCAUCCGUAAGAAAGUCCUGAUUUUCUGCCAAGUGGUCUACAACAGGCAGAACCAUCAGAACUCUGGGUUAGGUUUGGUGACCCUCUGCACUAUACUGAAGCUGAGGGAAAUGCUGGUCCUUUGCAGGUGCUCAAGGUCAAUAUGCUUGUAAAUGAUUGCAGCAUUUUUAAAAAGGGUGAAUGUAGAAAUAUUAUUUGGCAUUAUGCGAUCUGAUAUUUGUUUGGUCUUUCAUACUGUAUUUUUUGUUUUAUUCAUUCAACAACAAAAAAUGUGAACGGUAUUAAGGAAGCGUAUGUUCAAGUCUGUUAUCAUCCACCCUUUUAAAUUGAAGGUUUUGCUUAUUUACUUGUUUAAAUGUGUACUGUACAUGUAUUGUAUUUUCUCUACUGCUUGUCAUGGUUCAUUCAGCAAAUAUAACAUUUUAUUGAAGGGCAUAAACAUGCAUUGCAUCAGAAAACUAA